CUUCCCUCUUUCACUUUUCAGCAACGAAACAAAAUACAAAGUAAAAAUCACGCACAACUAAUAAAAAUUUAAAGCACUUUACUAAAGCAAAAAUUGGCAUUGGAAAAUAAGUGAAAUCCAAUAAAGAAAAACAUCAAUUUAAGCAUUUUUUACUAACCAAAUUACAAAAGAAACAGAAGGAAUCAGAAAUAAAAUUUAAAAAAUCGAAAUCAAACAAAUUGAAAGAAAGUGUGAAGGCUCAACGAAAAAAUCGCGACAAGCAUAAUAAAAAACGCGUACAAACAGAAAAAUCGCACACUCCAGCAAAAUGUCUUCGGUCAACGAUAUUGUCUCAGCUGAAAAUCAACCAGUCGCAGGCUCGGCUAUACAAAUGUCACAAAUGCAAGCGACAAAUGCGGCGUCAAUGCCAUCUCCAUCAAACGACCAGAAUCUGGGCUACUCACCCAUGAAAAUACGCAAGCUGCGUAUCAUACUCGGCACCAUCUUCGCGCUAGUCCUGAUCGCCACACUCGCUGUGGUGUUGACAUUCAUCAUCAAAGCUGGGGAUGAUGAUGAUGUCACGCCAGACACUAAAGAGAACGGCGUUCAAUUGGAUGAGGUGAUAUCAGGUGCAUUAGCGGCGCAUCGCUUCAAUGGGACGUGGGCAUCCAAGUCAAAUUUACUCUACCGAGAAGACAAUACAAUUGUCGAGUACGAUGUGAAGACGAAAAAGAAGAAGGUUCUAUUGUAUGAUGAGCACCAACAAUUUUCCAUGUUUGAGAAGUCCGCAGAUGGUGAACUGCUGUUAUUGGCCAAGAAUUUGUCCAAACACUUCCGUCACAGUUUCUUUGCGCAAUACGACAUCUACAAUAUCACAUCUGGUCAGAUUCAACCGUUAACCAUCAAUGGCGUUCAACACUUACUUCUUUUUGCACAGUGGGCACCCGUUGGCAAUGGACUGAUACUCAAUUUCGACCGUAAUCUGUACUAUAAGACAACAGCCUACGCGGAUGCCAUACCAAUCACAAGCGAUGAAAACCUUGCCAUCUUGAAUGGUAUACCUGAUUGGGUGUAUGAAGAGGAGGUAUUCAGCUCGAACACGGCCACAUGGUUCAAUCCGACUGGCACACAAAUCGCAUUCAUCAAAUUUGACGACUCGCCAAUACGUGCAAUGGAUUUGCCUAUCUAUGGUGAGGCCAAUGAUCUACGCUUCCAGUAUCCACUCAGCAAAUUGGUACCCUAUCCGAAGGCGGGCUCCUCGAAUCCGCGUGUCAGUCUCUAUACUGUCGAUUUGGAGCGUGCGGCACAAGGUUUAGAGUUUCUCACGCAGAUUCCUGUGCCCAGUUCCUUGAACACUGAAACCGAUUAUAUUAUCUCGGCGGUGGAGUGGCUGGAUAGCGAGCGCGUACUAUCUGUGUGGAUGAAUCGUAUACAAAACUUAGCGUAUCUACAAGUGUUCGAUGGUGUACGUCGAACUGAGAUUUAUAAUAUUGAAUCCAAAACUGGUUGGGUCAAUUUGUUUACGCCACCCUUGAAGAAUCGUGACGGUUCACGCAUAGCUUUUAUACUGCCACAAUUGCAGAAUGACCAGACAUAUUAUCGUCAUCUCUGCGUACUCUCCACCAAAACGGCUAGCGGCACUGUCGAGAUACUUACAAGAGGAAAAUUUGUUGUUGAAAACUUACUUCAUUGGGACGCGGAUAGCGACAUAAUCUUCUAUAUAGCCAAUACGGAACAGAGUUCCGAAGUGGCACAACUGUAUGCAAUCAAAGCGGAGUUGGGCCGUACACCACAGUGCCUCACAUGUGACCUGCACGCAUCGGGCGGUGUGCAGCAAACAUACUAUGAAGUUUCAUUUAGCCACGAACGUCAAAUGGCGAUCAGUUCAGAAGGUCCUGGUGUACCGAUGACUGUCAUUUAUGAAUGGGUUCCCGAAAGUGAUAGAGUUACACUUAGAAAACUCUUGGAUUGGGAGUUAAACGACGAGUUGCAUACCAAGUUGAAGUCGAAAGCUAUGCCCACCCAUGAAAUUCAUACCUUCCCAAUUGCUGAUAACUUUACUGCCAAGGUUAUGUUACAAUUGCCACCUAAUCUCGAUCGUAGUGGCAAUACAAAGUAUCCACUACUUGUAGAUGUUUAUGGUGGACCCGACUCUACCUCGGUGAUCUCGCGUUGGAUGGUCGACUGGGGCACAUACCUCUCGUCGAACCAGUCUGUGAUCUAUGCCAUGAUCGAUGGACGCGGUUCUGGCUCACGUGGCGAUAAGCUCUUGCAUUCUAUUUAUCUUAAGUUAGGUACUGUCGAGAUCACCGAUCAAGUGAAUGUAACCAGGCAACUACAACAGAAAUUUCCAUUUAUCGAUGCCAAUCACACUGGCAUCUGGGGCUGGAGUUAUGGAGGUUAUGCAGCCGCUAUGGCUUUGGCUAAUGAUGAUACUCAAGUUUUCCGUUGUGCUGCCUCGGUGGCGCCAGUCACCGACUGGGCUUACUAUGACUCCAUAUACACCGAACGCUAUAUGAGUCUGCCCAAACUGAACGAAGAAGGUUACUCAAGUUCUCAACUCACCACACGCGCAAAUCGUUUACGUGGCAAGAAAUUUAUGCUCAUCCAUGGCACACUCGAUGAUAAUGUGCAUUAUCAGCAGACUAUGGUUUUGGCGAAAAAUUUGGAGAGAUUGGAUAUCUUGUUUAAACAGAUUAGCUAUACGGACGAAGAUCACAGCUUAGCGUCGGUGCGUCCGCAUUUAUAUCAUUCGCUGGAUCGCUUCUUCGGCGACUGCUUCAGCAAGAAAAGUAUGAUCGCGCGUUGGAGUGGCAAAUGAUUGUAUCGUUAUAACAACAGCAACAACAAAAGGCAAAGUAAGAAGCUAGCCAUUUAGCGAAGGCAAAGGGAAGAAGAAGAAGAAAAAAGAAAGCAAAAGAGUAGCGUAAAAACAAACUGGUGAAUCAACUAAUGACAAUAUCGGUGGAAAUAAAAAUGUUUUUUAACAAAAAUUACGGAGAACAAAGGGAUCGAAAGUUAGAGAGCUAGAAACAAAGUAAAAAGGAAAUAUAGAAACAAAAACCCGGAGAACUAAAUCAAAACGAAGCAGCUGCGCAGGAGAAAGAAUUUUGGUACUUAACUAACAUAAGUAUGUAAGUGAGCCGCAGACUUUCAAAACACAAAAUGCAUACAUACAUCAGUAGAAGUAGCAUUUAUCUAUGUGCAUAUGUGCGUAUCUAUUGAGUGAAUCAAGCAACAAAUCUGGAGAGAUUCAGAAUAUUAUGCCGCGAAGAGAAUCAAUAAAGCUACACAUGUAUGUAUGUAGUGGGGACGCACAGCGUUGACAAAUUUUAUUAGCAUUAAAAUUGUAAUACUACUUACAACAAAAAAUAUUACGAAGAAAAGGAAAAUAACAAAGAAAACGAAAAAACAAACAGUGAAAGUAAAUUACAAACAGUUAGAAAAUGUCAAAAUAUCCAAUUAAAAAAAACCAAACGACGGACAAAAAAUAUCAAAAAUUUGAAGCAUUUAAACCAUUGGCGGUUAGACAAAAUAUUGCUUGCUUGAAAAAUUUUGCAAUAAGUAGUAGAAAUUUCAGAAAAAUUAUUCGCAUGGUAAAUUCGUAAAAGAAUACGCGUACAUGAAUAUGUACAUACACAUACAUAUAAAACACUCCUGUCAAGUGAAGAGAUUAAUUGAGCAUAGCUAGUUGUUGUUGUUGGUGCCUCAGUUCUAUGAAUAUUAACUCUUUGUAUGACAAAACAAAAUCAAAAACAUUUUAAUUAUUUUUAAAGCAUAGAAUUUUUAACAAAUAAUAAUUCUUUAAAUUGUUCACACAUUUCAGCUGACAAAGAAAUUUAAAACAACAAAUGUGAUCGUCGAUGUUAAACUAUUUUGUUCCCUGUUAUUGUCAAUUUUUUUUUUUUGUAUUUUUGUAGCAGCACACACUUAAGCACACAAUUCGAACUAAACUUAAAAAAAAAACAUUUGAAAAAAUUUUUGAAAAAUGUUUUUUUACUAGAAAAUAAGUUUGUUAUUAUUUUUUUUAUGCUCAUUAAAUUUGUAAAGUUAGAGUUAUAUUAAUUAACUCUAUUAAUUCUUAAAAUUAUCUGCUUGAACUUUCCACUGUCUUUCAAUUCUUAAAAAAAAAUCGUUUCCCGCUUUAAAAGCACAAUAUAUAAAAAUUGCUAGCAAUUUUUAUUUUUUAUGAUAAAAAAUUUUUUAAAGGCCAAAAAUAUUUUCAAGGCACUCCACUUCCAAUUGUAUAGAAGUAUUAUUGAAUUUAUUUUUUUUCCAAAAUUGAAAAAAAAAAUAAUUUCCAAACACUCCUUUACAAUUACACACAUUUGCAAAUAUUUUUCUUCUGUUUUAAAAUUUAUAUUUUUUUUUUUUUGCUUCAAAAGCUAAAAAAAAUUAAAUUUUUUAACGGAAUUCGGCUUUUGAUUUAAUUUUCAAAACCUGUACUCUUGUUCGAUAAAAAUAUGUAAAACAGUGCCCGCUUUCAGUACGUAAAAUAUAAAAAAUUUAAUUUUAAGUUUUCCAAAAAAUUUUCGUGUACAUAUUUUAUAAUAUUUUUUAAAUCAAAACACAUAUUUUGAUGCGUUAUUGAAUUUUAAGCCACUUAUUCGUAACAUGAAAAUAUUUUAUUUAUGUCCAUUUAAAUUUUUGAUCUUUCCAAUACUCCGCAAAUGGCGUAAAGAGCGAUUGAAUGGAAAAAUGUAAAACUGAACUUUUUAUUAGCAGUAGUAGCGCAUGCGUAGAUGCCAUUAUAAAGCAAAUAUUCUAAAAAUUAAUUAACAAAAAGCAAAUAUAGUAAAAAAAUCAAAAAAAACAAUACAAAUCACUUCCGAAGCCGCUCCAAAAUGGCGGAAAAGUAGUGAAACAAAUUAUUUUUGUAUUUUGUAUUUAGCUUGCAAAACCAACAAAACCACAUCAGUAAAAAUGUUUGAUUUGUGCCAAAACAUUUUUGUAUAGAAAUCUUAGUAAAGCAAAAAAAUUUAUCAAAAGAAAUCUUACCCUGCCUUGCGCAGUAAAGCAGCAGGUAAAUUAAAAAAAAAACAA